CCACAUCUCUAAUCCCCAAUGUUUAUUUUUAGCAAAGCAACGAAUUUGUCUACUUUUUCCGCAUUAACUUCGGAGGUUACAAAAUGCGGGGCAUGAUCAUAGUGCCCAUGGACCUGGAGCCCGGCUUUCGCAAGGCGGACAUCCAUAACAUACCCGCACUUAAUAGCGGAAUGGUGUUUAAUUUUUGCCUAUCUGCAUCUUCUGAGAAAUCAAAACAAAUAUCUACAGAGAAAAAUGAUCUCUUAACGGAUUAUGUCCAAAUACGAAGGCAUGGCAAUAUCUGCGAACUUAAGGGAAUGGUAUUUCCUGCCUCGGAUUUUGCCAAUACGGAAACCCACGCCAAUGUGGCGCUCAAGGUCGCGGAAAGUGCGCGGAUCAUCACGGAUGGCCAGUGCAGCUUGUGUGCCACAACUGGAACCUGUGCCCACGUCGUGGCCUUCACCUUCUGGCUGCUUAACAAGAGCACCGAUCGAAAUCCCUCGGCUGUCGUCGAAUUCUGGGGCCACGAACUGGAAAACCUGGUGCAACCGGAACCAGCAGCGCCCGUUCGCAUAUGUGAUAUGAUUGCCAAGGAUGAGGUGCGAAUAGAGAGCGAACUAAACUCCCAGGAGUUGAGCACCAGCGAGGGCGAGGCCUUUUUGGAAUCCUUGCUCGAAGAAGUAGCAACCUGUGGCAGAGAUUCGGCGCUCUACCGCCAAUGUGUGGAGACGACUGAGGAAUUCGAGCCGAUGUUCGUUCACCAUAUGUUGCUCCGAGCAGCAGAAUUCAACAUCGUCGAUUUGCCCAGUUAUGUGCAGUUCAUGGAGGCUCAGGCUCAGACGGGAAUCAUCGAGAGCCUCUACGAUGUUACACGAAACCAGUACAAAUCUCGACUGUGGGUGGAGGUGCAGUACAUGCGUAUCCGUUGCUCAAUGAUGCACAUGAUUAUCAACCGCAAAAGUGCCGAGGACGAUGAUCAGAUCUUCAACAUGAUGUUCUGCAAGGGAAGGGACAAGAACAACGAGGAUCGGGUGCAGCAGAAGGAGCACAAGCGAUUCAUAUUGAAGCAGACGGAGAAACUGGAGAACAAGAAGUACGUUGAGUGCGGACUGAUCCUGCACGAGAGCUACCCCUUUCUGGUGGCCGCCCCUGAUGGAAUUACGGACGACCACAUCGUAGAAAUCAAAUCACCAAAGACUGAGGAGGAUUUUGAGAAGUACCUGGAGGCUCGCGAGUCGAUAGCACCAAAGUACAUGGCCCAGAUACAGAUACAAAUGUUUGCUGCCAACGUGAAGAAGGCGCUCUACUGUGUGCUGAGUCCAACCUUCGAGAUAAACGGAGCGCUGCACUAUGUUUGGGUGCAGGCAGAUCCGGAGUUCGUAACCAGUUUGCUGGGCAUGGCAAAAGACUUCUGGCAGGAUAUCGUUUUCCCCCGUUUGUUAAAUACCUACCCGCAGCUGGGUUAAUAAAGAUUAAGUGCAGCUUA